GAAAAAAAUUAUUUAGUAAUACGGCACGAUUUCUUCCGCUUCGUCAUUUUAAAUCGAUUCUCGAUUGUCACAAGAGACGUAGGACCGAAGUGAAGAAGUUCGACGCGUGCUGGUAGCGUGUGAUAAACAGUAAAGAGAACCGAUAUAACAAGUAUUUCGAUUAAUUCGUUCGUCCGAGUAGACAGAAUAAUAACCAGCGAAACCUGUGCUAAGGUUUCUGCGUCAGCGGCUUCUAUUUAUCCGUUUCCCCAGAAAAAUCUUUAUCUCGUGGCGCGCAGCCCGCCAAAACACCGGCAAACAAAUAUGGCUCCGCGCAAAAACGCAAAACGUGUCGAAGAUGAACCCAUCGAAACGGCGGCCGAAGCAGGCGACAUAACGCCACCAAAAAAAAAGAAAAAUGUAAUAAAAUUAGCCGUAGUAGCCGAAGAAUUGAAAGAAGUAAGGUAUCCCAGAGCGGCGAAAAAUAAAAAACCCGAACCAAUCGAGGCCGCUGUUGCGCCUGUUAAAAAACCGACAAAACCUAAAGCGGCAAAGAAGGCAGAUGAUGCUGAUCCCGAGGAAGAGACAAAAAAACCUCGCAACAAGGGAGCUCCAAAAAAGGCUCAAAAUUCGAUGGAAGAACCAAAAGAAGUAAAACCCAAAGGAAGACCAAGGAAAAUUGAGAUGGAGCAACCAGCAAAGCCAACUCCAGCAGAAGCUCCGAAGAAAGUCACGGCCAAAAGCAAGGGUGGUGCUAAGAAAACAGAAACCGCUGAGGCUGGGGAAUCCAAAGAUGAGAAAGAAGUAAAGCCUAAAAGUAGGCCACCUAAAAAAAUUGCUGAAAAAGAAGAAGCAGUUUCUGAGCUGCCGGUGAAAGUUCCGAAAGUUAAAGGUAAGAAUGCAGCUAAAGGUGAAGCAAAAGUAGAGGAGCAAGAAGAUGUGCCACAAAAACGGAAAGGCCAGAAGAAGGUGACAGAGGCCCCAAGUGUAAAACCACCAACCAAAGUAUCACGUACCAAAAAACCUGUCGCGCCUGUGCUCUCCGAUGACUUGAAAGAACCUGAUGAUGACGCCCUUGAAGCUGAAAACUCUACCACUGCAUCAGAGCGGUCAGCUGAGUCUGUCACUGAGCCAAAAGAAAAUGGAAAUGUUAAUCAGGCCAAAGAAAACGGAAAUGCUGUACAUGUUGAGUCCCAAGCAAAUGCGCCCAAAGAAAUUAAAAAGGGAAAGGCACAACUUCAAAAAAAAGGAAAAGUUGCUACUGGGUCUCCAUUAACUGAAUCGGAAUCCACCGAUAAUGAUGCCGUUACUCCACCAAUCCCGGCUGAAGUUGAAAGUCACUGAUGCGUACUGGAGCUGGCAUUGGGCAUGGGAGUGUUCUCAUUUCUGCAAUGUCGUUUUGACCAACAUGUCAUUUGCGCCUUUUAUGACUAACCAGGGUCUUUUAGCAUUUGCACUUUGAAGAGUGACCAUUAAUAUAGCGUUCAGCCCUUUUUACACAGUUUUGAGUAGGUACAUCCCGCAUUUGUUCUGGAAUCAAAUCAUCUUGUCUAGUCGAAAAUCUCUUUCAUCAUUUUACCUCACUUCACGGCUGCUUUUUAGAAAUCACAUCACAUCAAAUGAUACUGCUCAUGAUCAUUUCUACAUAAGUUUGGAGACCAAUAAUUAGAAGUACGUCAAUUUAACGAUGCAAUAUAUGUCUGAAAUCAUUCGCAAAAAUGUUGAUUUUACUAGCUCACGAACUUAUACUAUCAAGACUGAACCCCACAAGUCAAACUAUUAGCAAAUUCAGCUGAACAAUGACAAUGUGAAUGAGAAAUCCCCCACAGUUUGCGGCAUUUAUUAUGUUUGUGAUAAUUAGAUCUUCGUCUCUGGUUCAAAAAGGAAGCAUCCAGAAAUUAUAGUUUUCCAAACAUAUCUCCAAAUUUCUUUUUACAUACGGUAUAGAUGACGCACAAAUAACUUUUGUUGAGAAAGACAUGAAUACCAGUGUUAGAAUCUAUGCGCCCAUUAAUCGGAAUUCCACUCCUACAUUCAUAAUUAAUAAUCGAAACAUAAACAUAGUUAUUUAAAUAGUUGUUUAUUGAAUUCAUUAGGGCUUAGAAUUAUAGCUAUUUCCCUAUUUGAACUAAUAACUGUUGAUACUUAUUAGUUAGUUAAUAAUUGAGUAUCUUAUUUCCCAUUUCACACCACACAUGCGCCGUACUAUACAUAAAUUAUACUCCAAGUUCUUUUUCUUGAACGGUGUUUUAUUGACGUUCGGUUUCAGAAGUAUGGUACCUUAUAACCAUUAAUGUAAUCUAUAGAAUUAAUUGUUCUUGCGGUUUAUUUUUUCCGUCUAACGAUCAAAGUCCAAGAUUUUUGAGGAACCCUGUGGCUACAUUCCUUGAAUAAAUUCAUGUUGUACUUUUAAUAAUUGAAUGAUAAAGGUACUGAUAGUAAUUCAAGAUAAAAGAUUCUCUAGCGGUGUUCAUGUAAGCAGCAAAAAAUCGUUCGUAUGUGGUGAUAAUUAGGCUUGUAAUGUAUAUACAUUAUCAAUUAAACGAGCAUUGCGUGUCGAUACAAGCUGCUUCUCUUUUCAUAUUUUGGGCCAACGACUGCUGCAAAUUGUCAUCACCUUCACCUCAUACGUUGUUUCAACAUUAAAAUGAGGUGUUUCUGUCAAUUACUAAAUUGAAAUUGUUAUCUCUUGAUGUGUCGGUAGUAUAGAAGAAAAAAUACAGUUACAUCUCUUUGUUAUCUAGAUAUGUGAUAAGAGGAAACCAUGUGUGAAUUGUAAUUUGUAUUUAUUUUUCAAAAUAAAUUGUUAUAAAAUUGA